GUAGAUGGCGCGCUACCUCUUUCUUAUAAACAACAACAAAGCGCAUAAAGAUAGUCCCAGAGAAUUUCCAAUGUUAGAAACCUAUAGUACGUGUUACUCUUCUGCUUCGAGUCACAAACUCUGCUAAUUUUAUUGUAACCAACACUAGUAAAGUGGCCAGAAUUCUGCGCAACAGCACGCAACGUUUCCAGUUUCCAGUUUCCACACUCCACUAAAAUGGUAACAUCUGAACUCUCUAAUCACCACCACCACCAGCACAUUACCAACAAUUGUCCCAUGGCGAAGCCCAUUUCCCGAAACAAAAACUCCUCUAUAUUUCUCUCCGACGGUUGCCUUUUCCUUGGAGGAGCAUUAUCCGCUCUUAUCCUCGUCUGGGGUUUCUCCUCCUUCACCACCUUCCCCAACGACACCCUCAACUUCGAAACCCUUUCCCAAAACGACGCCGCAUCGUCCCGCACUCCCGACUUAACUUUCGACCCUCCGGACAAAACUUUCUUCGACGACCCGCAAAUGAGGUACACCAUGGGCAAGAAAGUCCGGAACUGGGACGAGAAGCGCGAGGAGUGGCUCAAACUCCACCCUUCGUUUUCCGCCGGAGCAAGAGAAAGGGUUGUGAUGAUCACCGGCUCGCAGCCGGAGCCGUGCCGGAACCCUAUCGGCGACCACCUUCUCCUGCGGUUUUUUAAGAACAAGGUGGACUACUGUCGGUUACACGGAUACGAUAUUUUGUACAACAACGCACUCUUAGACCCCAAGAUGUUUGCGUAUUGGGCCAAGUACCCUGUGGUGCGGGCCGCGAUGAUGGCCCACCCAGAGGCCGAGUGGAUCUGGUGGGUUGACUCGGACGCGUUGUUCACCGACAUGGAGUUCAAGCUCCCUCUGGAGCGUUACAAGGGGUACAACCUUGUCGUUCACGGGUGGCCCCACCUGAUUCACGAGAAGAGAAGCUGGACGGGCCUGAACGCCGGCGUCUUCUUGAUCCGAAACUGUCAGUGGUCUUUGGACUUCAUGGAGUCGUGGGCCAGCAUGGGCCCGCAGACGCCCAAUUACGAAAAAUGGGGAAAGACGCUGCGGUCAACUUUCAAGGACAAGUUCUUCCCGGAGUCAGACGAUCAGACGGGCCUGGCGUAUCUGAUCGCGAUCGAGAAGGAUAAAUGGGCGGACAGGAUUUACCUGGAGAACGAUUACUACUUCGAAGGUUACUGGAAGGAGAUCGUGGGAACGCUGCAGAACAUCAGCGAGAAAUACAUGGAGAUGGAGAAGAGGGUGCGCAGGUUAAGGAGGCGGCACGCCGAGAAGGUGAGCGAGAGCUACGGUGACAUCAGGGAAGAGUAUUUGAAGGAUUCCGGGUUCGGUAAAGGGAGCUUGCGGAGACCCUUCAUCACGCACUUCACCGGAUGCCAACCCUGCAGUGGAAAGUACAAUGCCAUGUAUUCCGCCGACGAUUGCUGGAACGGAAUGCACAAGGCUCUCAAUUUCGCCGAUAAUCAGGUCAUGCGCAAUUACGGUUUCCAGCGCUCCGAUCUACUCCUUAACUCCGUUUCCCCUCUUCCUUAUGAUUAUCCUCAUCCAUGACAUCAUCAUCAUGACGAUUAUGACCAUGACCCCAGUGUGAAGGACCCAGUGAGGUUGGAUACAUUUUACUGCGGACCACCAGUAAACAUGGAUGGAUGAUGGGCAUGAGCAUGUGCAUGAGUACAGGGUUUUCUUUCGUCUAUCUGUAUUAUUAUGGGAUUGUGGGGUCACACUCAACACUUAUACCAUUUAGUACCAUACCCACCCAUGUCAAUAUAUUAGUUACUGUGGUGAAGUUUGGCUGUUUUUGUUUCCCCUUCCUCCAAGGCUAGUGGCUGCACAUGUUACAUAUAUACAAGUAUAGCAAAAUAACAGUGUUAAGCUUUGUGACGUUGUUAUGGCAGCUCUUUUAGUGUUCCCAAUAUCAAGAUGGCCAAAUAAGCCUAUGGACUGUGACGUGAAUUUUUGGAAUAUGAGUUUUUCCGUUACCAAA